AGUUCAUUACAGGAAAAAUAUCAAGAACCAUGUGUUGUCUUCGCUGGACAUCCGUCAUUACGUAGAAGUGCAGCCAUUAAUUUCAUUAGAAAGUGGGGAAAUAAUUCAAACAAUUCAAUAAUAUUUACAGGUAACAAAUAUACUGAGAGAAAAGAAACCUCAACAUGUUUUGAUUCCUCAAAAGAUUAUAAAAGAAUCGGGAAAUAUAAGGCCAAAUUUACCGAACUCAUUAAUUACUUUAUAUGAGUGUUUAGAUAUCGUUAAUAUUUCUAUUAAUUCACAAUUUGUCAGGACUGUUAUGACAGAAAAUCUUGCUUCAAAUAUUGAAUUGGUUAAUCUUGGAAAAGAUUCGCUAAUAGCAUCAUUGAAUGGAACAAUUAAUAUUCAUAAUACAAAAACAUCAUUAACUUCAGCAGAAAAUCAAUUAAAUCAACAAAGAUAUUAUGGAUGUAGAAUAGACGAAUUUGAAGAAGAUAAGAGAAAUUCAAG